GGUGGAGUAUAUAGAGGAACACAGGGGUCUGUACAAGGACGUGAUGAUGGAGAAUCACUGGCCCCUCACAUCACUGGAUAUUGUACAGGGUAGAGCAGAUGGGCCCAGUAACAGAGAUACCCCAGAGAGAUGUCCCCGUCCUCUGUAUUCCCAGGAUUGUACAGAGGAGAAUUACAGGAUCCCACAGGAGGAUCAGGAUGACUGUCUGACUGAUAUAAAGGCAGAAGAUAUAGAGGAAGAAGAAGAGACGUAUGUGACUGAUAUAAAGGCAGAAGAUAUAGAGGGAGGAGAAGAGACGUAUGUGACUGAUAUAAAGGCAGAAGAUAUAGAGGGGGAAGAAGAGACGUAUGUGACUGAUAUAAAGGCAGAAGAUAUAGAGGGAGAAGAAGAAACGUAUGUGACUGAUAUAAAGGCAGAAGAUAUAGAGGGAGAAGAAGAGACGUAUGUGAUUGAUAUAAAGGCAGAAGAUAUAGAGGGAGAAGAAGAGACGUAUGUGACUGAUAUAAAGGCAGAAGAUAUAGAGGGAGAAGAAGAGACGUAUGUGACUGAUAUAAAGGCAGAAGAUAUAGAGGGAGAAGAAGAGACGUAUGUGACUGAUCUAAAGGCAGAAGAUAUAGAGGGAGAAGAAGAGACGUAUGUGACUGAUAUGAAGGCAGAAGAUAUAGAGGGAGAAGAAGAGACGUAUGUGACUGAUAUAGAGGGAGAAGAAGAGACGUAUGUGACUGAUAUGAAGGCAGAAGAUAUAGAGGGAGAAGAAGAGACGUAUGUGACUGAUAUAAAGGCAGAAGAUAUAGAGGGAGAAGAAGAGACGUAUGUGACUGAUAUAAAGGCAGAAGAUAUAGAGGGAGAAGAAGAGACGUAUGUGACUGAUAUAAAGGCAGAAGAUAUAGAGGGAGAAGAAGAGACGUAUGUGAGGGGUGAUCAGCAGUGUCAGGAGGAGGAGAUCCCUACAGAUAUCAGCACAGAUGGACACACAAGCAGGAAUAUCUCAGAAGGACAUCUAAUGUUAUCCCUGGAUUCUGAAAUAACAGAUAAUGACAGUAUACCGGAUUCUCCAGGAGAUAACCCCAUUACACCAAUUAUUCAUCCAGCUCUAUCAGCUGAUACCUCUGAUCCUGGGAAAUGUUCUCCUGAUCACUCUGAUAUUGGUGCAUCUGUUACAGCUCUGAGAGUAGAUACAGAGUUUCCCUGUUCUAUAGAUGCCAAAUGUUUUACACAGAACACAAACCUUAUUACUCAUCAGCCAGCUAAGGCAGGUGAGAAGCCAUUUCCAUGUUCUGAGUGUGGGAAAUGUUUUACAUCUAAAUCAAAUCUUGUUACACAUCAGAGAUGUCACACAGGUGAGAAGCCAUAUUCCUGUUCUGAGUGUGGGAAAUGUUUUACACAGAAAUCAGCUCUUGUUAGACAUGAGAGAACUCACACAGGUGAGAAGCCAUAUUCCUGUUCUGAGUGUGGGAAAUGUUUUGCAUGGAAAUCAGAUCUUGUUACACAUCAGAGAGGUCACACAGGUGAGAAGCCGUAUUCCUGUUCUGAGUGUGGGAAGUGUGGGAAAUGUUUUGCAUACAAAUCACAUUUUGUUUUUCAUCAGCAUGCUCACACAGGUGAGAAGCCAUAUUCCUGUUCUGAGUGUAGGAAAUGUUUUUCAUUGAAAUCAAUUCUUGUUAGACAUCAGAGAAGUCACACAGGUGAGAUUCCAUUUUCCUGUUCUGAGUGUGGGAAAUGUUUCGCACAGAAAUCAGCUCUUGUUACACAUCAGAGAAGUCACACAGGUGAGAAGCCGUAUUCCUGUUCUGAGUGUAGGAAAUGUUUUGCACAGAAAUCUUAUCUUGUUAAACAUCAGAGAAGUCACACAGGUGAGAAGCCGUAUUACUGUUCUGUGUGUGGGAAAUGUUUUACACAGAAAUCAGUUCUUGUUAGACAUGAGAGAACUCACACAGGUGAGAAGCCGUAUUCCUGUUCUGAGUGUAGGAAAUGUUUUACAUAGAAAUCACACCUUGUUCUACAUCAGAGAAGUCACACAGGUGAGAAGCUGUAUUCCUGUUCUGAGUGUGGGAAAUGUUUUGCACAGAAAUCAGCUCUUGUUCUACAUCAGAGAAGUCACACAGGUGAGAAGCCGUAUUCCUGUUCUGUGUGUGGGAAAUGUUUUGCACAGAAAUCAGUUCUUGUUAAACAUCAGCGAAUUCACAGGUGAGAAGCCAUUUUCAUGCUGUGAGAGAAAUAUAUCCGCUCUUGUUGAACAUAUUAGACAUAACCCAAGUACGGAACCAUUUAAAUCUUCUGGAGUAUAAUUAUCACUGUCAUGCAAUGUUCCUCAAGGGUCAAUCCUAUGUCCUAUGCUUUAUGCAAUAUACAGUACAUGCUACCACUGGGUGAUAUAAUCAGACGUCAUGGCCUGGUCUACCACUGCUAUGCAGAUGACCUGCUUUUUGCUCCAUGUAAUGAGAACCUAAUACCAAUCCUAAAUGGUUGUCUAGCUGAGCGCCAGGGGUGGAUGAUGCCAGUUGGCUGUGACUCAGUCUUUGUGAAACAUAAUAGAAGCUCACCAACAAAGGACAAGACUACAGCUUUACCAACCAUCUGGAUUUAUGCUUUGGUGUUCAGAAUUGCAAAAUACUGAAUAUGUGAUGAAUCUUUGUGUUGCCCUGGUAUGUGGCUGACAUAGACAUCAGGUAUCCGCCACAUACAAAUCCUCAUUCUUCCAUCUGUGGACCAUAGCCAGAAUCAAGCACUUGAUUCCCUCAGAAGUUCAUAGACUACUGCAAUGCCAUCUACCUGGGUCACCCAGCAAAAGAAUGACAGAGCUUGCAGCUAGUACAGAAUGCAGCAGCCAAGCUGUUACCUAACCAGCCCGUUCCUGCCACAUAACACCCAUUCUCUACUCCCUUCACCGGCUGCCUGUAAGAUGACAAAUCUAUUUCAUAAUUGGCUAACUGACCUUCCCAGCCCAACAUUACAUGGUCCAAGGUACUAGAAGCAGCUUCUGCCUCCUACUGCCCUGCUUGCUUGUUUCUACAGAUGGACUGUUACCAGCAGUACCAAGAAUCUCCUGUCAUUCAUUUAUGGGUUGAACGUUUAGCUUUGACCAUGGAACUCACUGCCUUGCACAGUCCAAGAGGCCUCCACUCUAGAGACCUUCACAAGCAGACUGAUGACUGUUACUCACGCUUUUCAUUAAUGUACCUCUAUUUACUUCCUAAAUAAUACAUCCCAAAUGCUUAGGUCUUUUUUCUGCUGUUUAUUUUGUAUCUUGUGCUUUGUAUAAAUGUGAAUGUCUAAUACCAGUUUGCACAAUCUGUAUUGCUGCACGACAAUAUGGCGGCCAUUGGAACGUGUUUUGGGAUACAAGAUCCUAUCCAUAUAUACCCUGUACAUUACCAUGUGCAUUAGAGUCACCCGGGUUCCAUCUGCGGUGGUUUGUUGUAUGUUACAUCUAUAUGGUGCGGAUACUCCCCUGUAUGAUUUCAUAAUAAAAGCUUUU